AUGGACACGUCAGAGACCGCCCUAGUGUUCGAAGACGAAGACGAAGACGAAACUUGGGUUGAAAUAGCAAAGGCUCGAUCGGCCUACCGCAACACGGAUCUACCUCCUGCAUGCCAGGAUGGACAAUGGCCUAAGGUUUUCCUUCCCACAAUUUACCUGUGGGCAGGAAGUCAACCGAGCCUUUGGAACAUCAGUGAUGAUGCGCUCCUGGAAGCUAUCCAGCAUACCUUUGAUGUCGUCUAUCCAGAGGUCGAGUACACACCCACCGUGCAAGGCUCUGUUUUUGGUGUCACUAAUCAACGUCUCUCCGAGUGGCGCAGCAAUUUUGGCUCCACCGCAAUUGCCAUCAUCAUCGAUUUUAUGGCUCGCAAUGAUGACACUAGCCCCGGCGAGCUCGCUGAGUACCUCCUUUCAGAUUAUGCGUUUCUUUAUGAAGAUCCUGAGGUUAUUGACAAGACGAAGACGUUCCAGUCCCCAUUUAUGCUCCAGCUCAUAGCCACUGGCCACUUCCAUGCAACAUCCGGUCAUGCUGAUGUUCCAGCACUCAACACUGACGCUCUGGUCGUGAACGGGAUUGACGGCGUGAUUGGGAUGUGUGCAGCUGCAGUAAGCCGUUUUUUUUUCCUUUUGAUCAAAGACAAUGCUAAUUCACUUGUGCAGUUGGAACGCGCCCUGAGGCUCAUCAACGACAACAUCAUUAAAGUCGAGGAUGUACUUGCAGCUCCCCCGGCGCUGCGCAAGCUCAUGCUCAAAACACCAAAGAUGCUCAAUAAGGCCACUGGAAAGGAGACCUGGACUGCCUGCGCGUUCUCGGUCAAUAAUUGGGGCUCAGCAACAAACUCAUUCUCAAAGUCGGCUCGUACGAAGGGGAAAACCCUUACGAAGGACAUCACCUCAAUGGCCCGGAAGCUUCUCAAGAAAUCAAACUCUAGACUCAAUGACUUCUUUUCCAACAGCGACUCUGAAGAAUUUGACGAGCGUGCUUUGGUUUAG